AUGUCCACUUACUUCAUCUCUCCAGCAGCCCCAGACACCUUUCUCCUCAGUUUCGCCUCUCUUCUACCCAACACUACCCUAAUAUCUCCAACACCACUCUCCAACACCCACUCUCGUCCAACACCACCUCUCUCUCCCCAACACCACCACGAUCUCUCCAACACCACCCCACUCUCAACCAACAUCACCCCACUUUCCCCCAACACCACCCCACUUUCUCCAACACCACCCCACUUUCCUCGAACACCACCCCACUUUCCUCCAACACCAUCCCACUUUCUCCAACACAGCCCCACUCUCCCCAGCAUCCCAGUGAAGGAGGCAGAGGAUCACAGAGAAAAGUCGGCAGAAACGAUGCUGGCAAGACACAGGACUCCUUUCUGCAAGUGUCCUGAGUCCUCUCACCAUCUGUUCAUCCCACGUACACAGCAUCCUGCAGCUUCCCUGGUCUAUAUCGAGGACUCGGACCAUCAAACUUCUUGCCAUGCCCCCCUCUACCCAACCCCUACUACCCUACCCUACUCCUUGCCUCCCUGUCUCCCCCUCUGUCCCUUCUGUAUCUCCCACACUGUUGUUAUUACUCGUCGUGGCGAUGGUGUCAAGAGUUCGUGGGAUGUGAGGCAUGGUUGA